AUGACCGAUGAACGGCAACUAAUAUUAUUUAAUGCAAAUCAUCAAGCUAAAAUAACAAAAAUGGUCAAAGGAUUACAAUGUGAUGGUACUUUAACAGCAUUCAAAAACUUAUCCGAAACAAUCAAAAUAGCCACCGGUAUGCUUCCAGAAAAAUUUAUUCCUGUUUUACAGCAAGUUUGUGCUUCUUAUUCGACAACAACAAAGACGAUCAAAGUUGGUUUUGCUGAUUUAUGUGCGAUACUCUCAAAAUUUGUGAUCAAAAGUUGGCGUAUCAUACAACGCGGUAUGAGUAAAGAAGAUGCAAAUGCUCUGAUAACUCUCGGAAAUCAAUUAAACACAGAUUUUAAAAAUGAAUUAGCCAGAUUUAUUGAAUCAUCAAGAUCUGAUUUAGUUAAUAUUUAUUCUCAAUUAUUGCUCGAAACAGCAGGUGAUAAAAUUGCAAAUUUGUUAAAGGAAAGAGACAUAUUAGAAGUUGAUUUAUUGCGACGAUCAGAUGAAUUAACAAAUAAAGCAUCUGAAUGUGGUACAAAUCAAGGAAAAAUUGAUUCAAUUGAAUACGAAAAACAAAUUUCUGGUAAAGCCAUUCGAGAUUCACAGACCGCAAAAUUAGACUUGAAAACAGAAAUAGCCAGAUUAAAAGGACAAAUUAAUGACUAUAACAAUAAAGUGAAAGCACAUCGUGAUUAUCAUUUCGAAGAACGAGGAUCAUUUAGGAUAUUUUCGUGGAAAAUACGAGAUGUUCAUGUUGACAAUGGCGAAAGAAUUGCACGAGAAAAUCUCGAUAGAUUACUUGAUCGAAUCCGUGUCCUUGAAGAACGAUUCGAAAAUUUGUCGUCAAGUGCUUAUUUAACUAAACAAAUGGAAGAAGCAACGGCUAGCUUGCCAAUUUAUGAAACAAAGAAAAUUCGGUUAGAACAAGAACAUAAAGAACUUAAAAAAUUGUAUGAUCAAGCUGAACAAAAAUUUCAUGUUGUUAUUCAAGAGAUUGAUAAAAUUUGUCGAUCGGCUGGAACUACCAGUAUCAAAAGUAUACAAGCGGUGGAUGAAGUAUGUCGUGCUCUUCAAACUGGAUCAGAAGCUCUUAUAUCAACUUGUGACAAAAUACGAACUCAUCUAGCGGCAAUUGAUCUUGAUCCAAAUGCAUUAGUUGAUUCUGUAUUAGACGCCAUACAAUUAAUAAAUAUGGCUGAUGAAUACAAUGAUACGGCUAAAAUUAAAGAUAUUAAACGAGUAUUAGCAUUAGAAUAA